AUGGCGAUGAUGACUGGCCGUGUGCUGCUGGUGUGUGCCCUCUGCGUGCUGUGGUGCGGUGUCUGCGGUGGUGGACUUGCUGAAACAACUCAGGGUCUUUUGGAUACUGCGUCCGAAGAGAGCGAGAGUCCUAAAAAAAACAAAGAUACUGGUGGUAGUGCUGGAACAGAUGGCCCAACCGCUGAAACGAAAGCUCCACAAGCAGCAGACCGAGGGUCGAAGGAGCAGGAGGGCACAGUGGAACAAGCAGCAGCAUCGGUGCCAGGCGUAACGGGAGCGGGAGCGGGGAUGGAGACGGCACCACAACCCGGAAGAGAAGCAACAGAAUCGGCAAAAGGAACGAGGGGAAACAAGGAGGAAACGAAAAAAGAAGAGGAGAGUGAAAAGGAAUUGGAGGAGGGAGAAGAGGAAGAGGAAGAGAAAAAAGAGGAAGAAAGGGAGAAGGAAAAGAAAGAAGAAGACGAUACCGACGCCAAAAAGGGGAUUUCAGCAGACAGUCAAGAGCAGCGAAGUUUACCCUCUGGUGCGGAGGGAGCAUCGAAUCAAACAAAGCCUAAAAGCGCUCAAACAACUGACGUCAAUGACCCCGCAGCUGAAGGUGCAGGGAAAAGAAAAGAAAAACAAAAUGAAAAUAAAGAAGCCAAUCCGAAGAAAACACCAGUCGAAGCCACAGCAAUGAAAACGACAACGGCUACCCCUGGCGACAGUGACAGCAGCACCGCGGUCCCCCACACCACCUCCCCUCUUUUGCUUCUUCUUGUUUUUGCGUGUGCGGCUGCGGCUGCGGUGGUGGCCGCGUGA